AGGUAGGUCUUCUAGACGGUUCUAGAAGCCGUAAGUGGCCCUAUAUUCGAUAGUCUUCUAGUAGGCUCGUAGGGGGUUUGAGAAGGUGCUCUGGGGCCUGGCUAGCAAUUUGGGUAUAGCGCCCACAUUAGCCAUACUUUAACAAGUAUCUUUGAGUGAAUAUGUGUGUUACACACAGACUUGACUGAGGUGGGCUUGACGGGACUUGACAAAGCCACGGCGGCCUGCGUUCAGCACUUCUUCCUCAGCCAUGGGUUACUCCCAUUGGGUCCUGACCCGUUGGCAUCUUCAAGACCCCCUGUUCGUGAAACCCUGAAUCACAGAGAGGCAACCGGCAGAAAUAUAUGCCCUCCUGGGUUACUUAUCUGGACCUCCCUAUUCCUCUCUCUCCAUCUUCUUCUUCUCCCUCAAGCAACUCUCCAUCUCCUCUCGGCAGUGCGCGCCCGCGCCAGCAGAACCAUCAUGUCGCGCAAGAAGAACAGCCAGACCAACGUCGAGAAGCAGCGGCGCAAUGAGGUUGUCAAGCGAUUCGACGACUACUUCGGUGCUGGCAAGCUGGAGGACUGGCAGCGCCUGUGCAUCAAGAUAGGCCUGGACGCCGACGGAUGCGACCUUUCUAGCAUCACCAAGUGCCGCAAGGCACUGAAAUCCGUGUACAUCAACAUAUACGAUCUCGUGGAGGCCAUCAACAAAGGGGAGGAGGUGCCACGCUUCGCCAGCCUGGACCAGCUGGUGCGCUACACGCUGGGGACGCGCAGGAUCUAUCCGAAGGCGCAGGCCAAGAAGUAUGGGCCGGUGAGGGCACUGAUGCGGAAUGUGUUUCGGGAUGAGUGA